CAAAACAAAACUGCAUAUAGAUGCUAUUUUAUUGUGGAAAAAGAAGAAUGAAACCAUUUAAUUAUUCUAAAAACAUGAUAAAAAGCAGGAUAAAUCAAAUACAUGGUUGAUGUCGGAAUGGAGAAGGUUUAUCCGGUUCGCUGCGAAAGUGAAUCUUGGCUCGCUAAAGCUCGCCAAGAUACACUUUCUUGCUCACCGGAUAAAUACGGAAUGCCGUUAGGGCCAUCGCCUAUGAAUGUGUUGAUCUAAAACGCGAUAGUCGAUAGUACGAUGGUGAAAACGCGAAAUCACGAAACUACGAUGGUGAAAACGCGAAAGCACGAUGAUGAAAACGCGAUAGUACGAUGAUGAAAACGCGACAGUACGAUACUACGAUGAUGAAAACGCGAUAAACUAUCGUGUUUUCACCAUCGUACUGUCGCGUUUUCACCAUCGUAGUUUCGUGAUUUCGCGUUAUCAUCAUCGCAGUAUCGUACUGUCGUGUUUUCAUCAUCGUACUAUCGCGUUUUCAUCAUCGUACUAUCACGUUUUCAUCAUCGUACUGUCGCGUUUUCACCAUCGUGCUAUCGCGUUUUCAUCAUCGUACCAUCGCGUUUUCAUUAUCGUACUGUCGAGUUUUCAUCAUCGUAAUAUCGCGUUUUCAUCAUCGUACUAUCGCGUUUUCACCAUCGUACUGUCGCGUUUUCAUCAUCGUACUAUCGCGUUUUCACCAUCGUACUGUCGUGUUUUCAUCAUCGCAUCAUCGCCUUCCGGUGAACAAGAGAAAUUCUUCAAGUACAGUAGUUUAAACAGUAAAUAUGGACGAGUUUAUACAAACUCAAUUUGAGAAAGGCUAUGCCUACAAGGAAAUACUUGUGUUAUUGAAAUCGGAUAUGGAGUUAGAUAUAAGCUAUCGUCAAUUGAAGAGACAUUUGUAAACACAGAAUGAAUCUAAGGAGACGAGGCUUGUGGGAUAUUGAACAGGUUCAAAAUGCCAUUCAGAGUGAACUCUGCGGCAGCGGGCGCAAUCUCGGCUGUCGUUUCAUGACUCAAAGAUUACGGUCUCGACACGGAAUGUCUGUGGGAAGAAACAUGGUCCGGCAGCAACUGAAGCUGUUAGAUCCAGAGGGAGUUGAAGCCAGAAGUCGACAUAAACUCAUUAGAAGAAUAUAUCGCAACAAAGGUCCAAACAUUUUAGUUCACUUGGACGGGUAUGACAAGAUAAAGAGCUAUGGGCUGGCAAUACAUGGUGCCAUAGAUGGGUACUCACGGAGAGUUUUAUGGUUAAAAGUUAAUAGAACAAAUAAUGACCCUAAGGUUGUGGCAUCAUAUUUUCUAGAGUUUGUAACGGAAGCAGAAGGAGCGCCGAGAUGCAUAAGAAUGGAUGCAGGCAGCGAAAAUGGAGUGGUAGCUAACAUGCAGAAGUCCUUCCGUUGGUUCCAUGGGGAUGAAAUGGCAGGCGAGAAAAGUGUAGUAAUUGGUAGUUCACCUUCCAACCAGAGGAUAGAGUGUUGGUGGAGGAGACUUCAUGAGAUGUGCAUUGUAGCAUGGCAAGACAUUCUUGGAGACUUGGAAAGCAGAGGGAUAUUUUCUACCGCAAAUUACCUUCACAUAGAAUGUGUCAGAUUUUGCUUCACACAAAUAAUUCAACACGAGCUGGAUACGGUCCGACAAGAAUGGAAUGACCAUCCAAUCAGACGUCAGAACGGAGACGAAAUCCAUGGCAGGCCAGAAAUCCUUUACCACCAUCCGGACUUAUAUGGCACAAGAGACUAUGUGUUUCCAGUAGAAAAGGCAGAUGUAGUCACCUUACGCUCCUUUUGCAAAACACCGCCCCUAACUGGCUGUGAAGAGCCCCUGCAAACUACCCUAUUUGGGUUGCUGGAAACCAUCGGAAAAAUGUCCCCUGAAACAGUAGAUGAUGCAAAAGACCUUCUUCAAUGGUUGACAAACUAUUUUCAGUAAAUGGAUACAUAGUCACUGCCAUGGACAUGUAUGUAUGGAUUUGGUAGUGCACUUACAAAGCUUAAUUGGGAGAUAUUAAAUAUGCAAACGUGAUUUGUCUUCUGUCCCCAUCACCUGAUUAAGAUCAACCAUAAAAAAUCUCCCCCUGUGUUUUAUUUCACUUUAUUUGUACAUGUUGUAUAUCAAGGAUCCAGUGGUCCAAUGUGCUUAAUGAAAGGUAACGAAAGACCCUGGGACCAUGAUCUCAAGUAAACACCCUAUCAUCU